UAUUGCACCACUGCUGUGCUUCUACGUGGUUUGUGCAUUUUCGAGUGAUUGCUCCAGUUGCUUAAGGAUUUGGUGACAUGGGCCAGAAACGCAGCAGCCAUUGGUUGAAUAAGCCAACCAAGCGCGCCCGCAUUAGCAAUGAUCACGGUUCAUCCAAUAUGCAUUCAAAACCGGGGCCAGGGAAGAAUUCGAAGGGUAUUAUCAUGCUCAAAACUCCGAAAGGGCCCCGUGCGGUAACCGUCCUGCGUCCAGAGCUCCUAGACGGUUUCUAUGACUUCAUGGCAGCUAGACAUCAAGCCUUCGAACGACGGUAUGCUCAUGCGGACGGUUUCCCGCCAACGCCUCUAACGGACCCUGCGUCCGUCGACGAGUACGAGGUUCAACAGCUUGAGCCCUCCGAAUGGAGUGACGACAAGAUCCUACAGAAGUACAGCUUCGCCAACGUAUACCGCAUGCUGGACGCGGGCACGCAAUACUUGAUCACGAAUGUCAUAAAUGAAGGGCCGCAGGAUCUUGAAGAGACCUUCUUUCGUGUUCUCUUGUAUCGUUGCUUUAACAAGAUUGAUACCUGGGAGCUGCUGGUGGAUGGCCUCGGAGAAGACAAGCUCACGUACGCCUACUUUCAGACUCCGGCUGGCAUGGCCGCAUACGAAGGCAUUCUGAGGCGCGCCCGCGGUCGCCGACAGGCGCUAUAUACCGCGGCAUACAUCAUUCCAGCCCCGCCUCUAGGAAGGGCGCAGAAUAUGGAGAAUCAUCUGAGGAUGAUCCGCCUCAUGAUGGACACAGGCUUGCCUCACGAGUUGGCGAAGGUGAAACAUUUGCGAGACGCAUAUGAGAUCAUGCACCUAUACCCCAGCAUGGGACCAUUUCUCGCGUUUCAGCUUGCUCUAGAUCUGAACAUGACCCCGUACUUGAACUGGUCGGAGAACGAGUGGGCUCCGGAUGGGCCCGGUUCCAGGGCCUGUCUGCGAAAAAUCUUCGGAGACUCGUCCGCUGGUGUAGAAUCGCAUCUUAUGAUUCACCUGGCUUCCCCCGAAGUGCAGAGGGCGCAUUGGGAGCGCAUCGGUUACACACCGUCGCUCCAUCCCGCGCUGCCUCCGUUGCCCGCCAACGCCAAAGGCUGGACCAAGGGUGUGAACGGGGUCGGCAAGGGUCUUCACGCCGGCAUAAGCGUGGUCGACGUUGAGCACUCUCUGUGCGAGGCCGAGAAAUACUACCGGAUCCGCUAUCCUGAUGUCAAGGGCGCUAGGACGGAGGUCAAACCGUACAAGCCCAAAGGUUCCUCAAAGCCUGUAACAAGGGUGUUGCCACAUAAAUUUGCGUGGCUGGACGAAGCCGGGGGCCGACAGCGACAGCCUACGGCAUACAGCGUUUCAAGAAUUGAUCAGCUCGCAACCCCGGACGGCAGUGAUGUGUCGUAUUUUUCAGAUGAUGGAUACAUGAACGCCGAUGUCGGGCGCGAGAACAACGACUCGCUCCUGGAAGAGGGAACGGACUCUGAAUAUGACCCAGAUCAGGAGUGGGAUGUCAGCCAUAUCGUUGCAGAAAUGCCGUUCAAUCCACGCUCCCGUAAAGGCCAGAAGGAACUAGCGAAAGCGCAGGCAGGGGUGCAAUACCUUGUGCGCUACGUUGGCUAUGGACCCAAGGACGACUAUUGGAUCCCAGAGCACGAGUUGGAUGGCGCCCCAGACCUGAUCAAGACAUGGAAGAUGAGGAAAGUCAGAAUUCAGAGGAAGAUCAACGAGAUCAUGGCCUGGACGUAAGGCCGAAACAUGGCCUCGCGCAUCUCAGAGGUAAGCACUCAGCGCAUGUACAUAGUCUCCGAAAGCCUGGAUUGCUUGAGCAUACGUAGAUUUACCGAUACCCAUUUGGUUGUCAUGAUUGCAUAAUUGCUCGGUCCGGAUAAUUGCAGUGUUUAUGCGUGUCAUAAUUGCGUGGUGGUGCAUAUUGCACAUGCAAACAUGGGAGACGGAAGGAUACAGCAACAAUAAACGGUGACGAGAGAGAAAAGCUUAGUCGAACAGACCGAAGCCCAUGUCGUCGUCGGACUCCUCCUUCUCUUCCUCCUUCUCCUCCUCCUUCGCCUCCUCUGCAGGUGCGCCGCCAGCCGCAGCACCACCCGCGGCAGGUGCGCCAACGGCGGGGCCUCCACCGCCAGCGCCGACGUUGGAAAGGAGGUCCUUCACGUUCUUGCCCUCGAGGGCUUUUGCGAGGAGGGUUGCCCAGAUGGGCUCGACUUCCACCGACGCGGCUGUUGUUAACGCGGUGAUCUUGUCCGCGGUGAUUUCAAUGCCGUCAUCGGCGAGGAUGAGCGCGGCGUAGGUGGCGGCGAGCUCGACGUUGGCCUGAAGGAGGUAUCAGAUACGGUCCUGAACUGUCGGUUCGCAUGCGGGAGAGCUGAGGAAGCGAGAAGAGCGGGCGCGGGUCCAGCAAGAGACAAGUAACAUCAUCCAUCCCGCACAUCGUCCAUCCAUCCACUCCCAGUCUUAAAACCGGCCGAUCUCUUGCUCGAGCUUUCAAGACACCUACAGCACAGCGGCAGAAUGUCCAAAUAUCGG